AUGUCCGAUCCCCCGGUUUCAGCCCCGCAGCCUCCACCACCCGCAGCCCGUGGGAAGCAAGUGGCCAAGGAGAGCGAGGGGGGAUCGGAUUCUAGUUGGCCCGGUGACGAGUCCUCUGGCGACAAGGCUGGCGGCGUUGAAGGAGCCCAGACGGUCCUCCCGGAGGCGGAGGUGGAGGACGAGGACGAUGUGCCGCUGGUGCGGCGGCCAAGAGUGCCGGCGGCAGGAGCACUCGGCGGGGGUUCAUCUCCCGCGGGUCUCGCCACCGCAGCGGCCCCGGCUGCGUCGGCAGCGUCGACGGCAGCGGCUCCCUCUGCAACGGCCAGAGGCGCCUCGGCGGCUUCCACGGCAACGCCACGAGGGUCCGCGGUCCCGCCCAAGCAGGGGAUCUUCACGGGCUACUCGCUCAAGCUCAACCCCCCGAGGGACGGCGCCCCGGCAGGAGCGGGCAAGAGGGGAAGAACCGACACCGCACCCGCUGUGCCAAGCAAGAAGCCACGAACCCGGGCCAGCGUUAGUGCCUGCCAAAUCGGCACGAGGACCAGCGGCGCCGCCACUAUGCCAGCCGUCGACCCGGUCCCCGAGGAGGAGCCCGCAGCAGGUCCCAACGCGCCCACCACGGGGGCGGAUGAUACGGUAAUCAACCUCACCUCUGACGUCGAGGACGCUGAGUUGAGGGACGAGCCGAAGCUUAGCACCUACGGGCUAUGA